AUGGCUCGCCAGCGUGGAGGAACUGCGCCCCGUCGCCCAACUGUCCCUGCGGCAAAGCCUGCGCCUGCACCCGCCUCUGCGCGCCCUCACUCUACCGCUGCUGCUCCCGCUGCUGGAGCUCACCCACCGCCACCAGCUGCUGCGCAAGCACAGGCGCCUGUUUCCCAGGGCCCCGGUCUCUUUGGACAGAUGGCUAGCACUGCUGCCGGUGUAGCAGUAGGAUCCUCAAUCGGCCACGCUGUCGGUGGCUGGUUCAGCGGCGGCUCUUCCGCGCCUGCCGAAGCAUCUCCCCAAAACGCCGACUUCGCUGCGCAACACCAGAACGCCUCAUCCUCCAUGUCGCAGAUGCAACAGGCGACCGGACCUUGCGCCAACGACGUCAACAGCUUCCGCAAGUGUAUGGAUGAGAACCAGGGCAGCCUAACAAUUUGCGGAUGGUACUUGGACCAGCUCAAGGCUUGCCAGGCGGCGGCCGGUCAGUACUAG